AUGGCACGCUUUGGUGUGACUGUGAGUCAAAGGAGCUAUUAUAUACAAGCUGGAGAUGACGUCACCUUACAAUGCUCAAUCUCCUCUACUGACGGUCUUGAUAGGGUGUACUGGAAAAAGAGAGAAAGAACCGUGUACGGUAGUGACAGAGGACCUAACGACAAGUAUUCCGGAUCGUCUAUUACAGAUCCAUCACUGACCAUACAUAAUACAACACUACCAGACUCUGAGUAUUAUUACUGUCAUGGAAGAAAGGGAAACAAAGAUAAAUCUAAACAUAUUUACCUACAAGUUACAGAAGUGACUGUCAGAAAGACGUCCUACACCAUGCCAAUAGGAACCAGCGUCACUCUGGAGUGUACGAUUUUGCCAAGGAUUGGCCUUACUGAUGUAUAUUGGACCAAAGGAGGACAACAAGUCUACAGCUAUAGCCGGAUGCCGAAUCCCAAAUACUCUGGAUCAUGGUGGUUUAAACCAUCACUUACCAUACGAAAUACCGUGGUUGGAGACACCGGUAACUACACAUGUAAAGGACAGAUAUCACAGGGUGACGUCUCUAGUUCCCCUCUUAUCCUGACCAGCUCUCUGAUCAGACUGAAAGUAUAUAAACCAUUCACCGUAUCUAUCCUACCCGAUAGUAGCAAUAUUAUAAUAGAGGAGGGACAUCACCCACAAACAAGAACUUGUACAUCAGAUGACUGUUCUGACGAUUGUGAGAUGGAGUGGACAUUACCGAACGGUGUAAAGAAGAGGUCGAAUAUCUUCACAAAGCCGAUCACUAAGGACGAAGCUGGGAUAUACACGUGUACAGUUAGGUCUCGGAACCAGACACAAUCCCAGUCGUUCUACGUUACCGUAAACUAUGGGCCGAAGUCUAUUUCACUGUCCUCACCCAAUAGUAUGACUGUUCAGGAAGGACACAGGAUACAUCCCGUGACGUGUCAGGCAGAAUGUUCCCCUGCCUGUUCUUUUGUCUGGACAGGACCAAAUACUGGCAAAUAUGGACAGAGUGGGGCGUAUUUAAACCUUGGAUAUUCAAACAAGAGAGACCGUGGUAUCUAUAGUUGUAUGGCGUACAAUGACUUUGGCAACAUAUCCAGCUCUCUGUGGAUCGAUGUGAACUAUGGACCAAAGACCAUAUCACUCUCCCCACCUGGUGAUGUGUCUGUACCAGAGGGACAACAGAUAUCUGUAGGAUGUCAGGCAGAUUGUUCCCCUUCCUGUGAUAUUAACUGGACAGGACCGAGUACUGGCCUACCUCGUACACGUGGACCUAACCUAAGUAUAAGUAAACCAGACAAAAGUGACAAUGGUGUCUAUGUUUGUACGGCAUCAAACGAAUAUGGCAACAAAUCCACCUCUCUGAGGAUUGAUGUUAAUUAUGGUGGGUCUGACAUUCGAUUGGUCCCCGAGGAUACCCACUAUUCCUACAAGGAGGGUACUGCCAUACCGGAUAUCCGGUGUGUGGCUGACUGUAACCCUACCUGUGAGAUGUCGUGGUACCAUGAUAGAACUGAACACAUCACAACGGGGAGUAACCUGUCCUUGAGGAGAAUAGGAAAGGUCAAAGGACGGGAACUACACGUGUAA